AUGUCAAGUAAAAUAUUUAUAAACUCCGUAAAGAUUAUUGGUGAAAAAAAUAAUACGAUUGAUCUUUACGGGCAGGUUAUUGUACAACAUUCUGAUAACUACAAAGAGAAAAUAGUGACAAUAGAAUACACUAGAAAUUCGUGGAACACGGGAAAUAGUGUAAUCGCAUCACAAUUAUCUACUCUUUCUGAUAAUCAAGAAUUAUAUUAUUUUGAAAUUUCUACCUUGAAAGUUCCUAAUACACCCUUACAUUUUGGAUUUCUUGCGCGGUUUGAUGUCGAAG